GUCCACGCUACGGAGAUGCCGCCAUCGCCAUACGUAUCGCGUAUCAAUCAGAUCGACGCGGUUCAACUGGACGAGGAGAUCUACAAGGUGCUUAGAAACCAAGCGAGAGAAAUCGGCAAGUAUCAACCGAUAGAGAAGAUCGAUCGAUGGCAACCCGAGAUCGACGCGCUUCUCAAGUAUCUCGUCUGGAAUUUCUCGCUGCGACGCGGAAAAUCGACCUUUGGUCAGCAACUGCUCGAUUUGCAUUACGAGAAUAUCACCGGCCCAAAGUCCGUGCUCUACGCGAUUUUCACCAUCGGUCCGGCCUACGUGCGAGACAAACUCGCCAACGCGACCGGCGCCAAUCCUAAUUUCACCGCGGUGCUCGAUCACGUCGCGGACCUCGCCAAGCUGCUCGAGUUUCUCAAUUUGCUGAUAUUUUUGCAUCGAGGGACACAGCCUCGCGUGGUCGAGUAUCUACUGGGCAUUGCCAGUUCUUCCAGCACCGUUCACAAACCGAGAAACAUCGGUUACUCCUACAUGACCAGGGAACUACUCUGGCACAGCCUGAUGGAAUUGUUUACCACCGGUUUACCCAUGCUUAACCUGCACUAUUUCAAGCACGCGCUGAAGAAGCUGUUCGCCCGAGCCAGACGCGUUCGUUUCCAACGUUCCUUUCCCCUCAUGGACUCUACCACCAGGUGCGCCUAUUGCGGCGACACGCCGAUCUUACCGAUGCACGCCGGCUGUCGGCACAUCUUUUGCUAUUACUGUCUCAACGCUCACUUUACCGCCACCAACGAGUUCCAGUGUACCGAAUGCGACGCGCGACUCGCCGUCCACGAUAUGAAAACGUACCAAGCGAAGGAUUCGUAGCAUCGGAUCGUCGUCUCGUUACCUGCGUACUUUACCUGUACCUGUAUCCGCGUAAUUAUUGUA